GCUACAAGAGAUCUUGCGAGGCGAUUACUGUAAUCUGCCUCCAAACUCUUGAAACUUUUCUCCCAAAAUACGAGUAUCAUUAUUCCCUUAAUGGGAAUAACAAGUUUGUACUUUGUCAUGGCCUCAGGACGAAUUAAACUGCAGCAAGCCUCGACUAGAAGCUCCAAGAGAUCUAGGCGAUGUGCACGCAGGUCCAAGUCAUUGUAAAGCUGGUUAGGAAGAAAUACUCGAGUUGUAAUAUCGAGUAGUUGUACUAUGUCGAGUACUUUUCCUUUACUCUGGAAUGUAAUCCCAGUUAAUGAAAGAUAGUCGAGUAGAUGUCCGGAGAUGUGAGUGUUUUCUUUUUCCAGAAUGUAAUCUUUGAAAAAAAGAAUGUCUCAAAAAAUCCCGUUUUUUCCGCGAUUGGCAACGGAUUGUUGUCCUAUUUGAGUGUUUUUACCAUAUUGCCACCGCCAUUAUAAAAUGAAACGAUAACUAGGUUUUACCCCACCGGCCGCCAUUCUCUUCUACUGUUUAGAUCUGUUCUUGCCCUUAAGCCCCCAUAUCUAAACUUCUUGCUCACCCAUGACUCCCAAAUCUCCUUUAGGGUUUUAGUCAGUGUAUGCGCGUGAAGCGCUCUGUUGAUUUCCGGAUGGCUCCCAUGAAGUCGAGCAAGGGCAAAGGCGCAGCUACAGAACCAACCCGCGAAGAAGGAUGGAUCCCAAGUAAGUGCCCUAAAUCUGACUUAGAAACCCUAGUUUCUGCUGGUCUUUUGCCGGAGAAAUCCGUCAUCCAAUGGCGUCCUGCCUUGGGUGAGGAUCGUCCGUAUGAAAAUACAGGCGAAAUCGUCACUUUUGUACCUUAUUUGGAACGGGGAUUAGGGUUUCCUCGUUCAUUUUUCUUCUCUGGUCUCCUGCGCUACUAUAGGAUCCAGCUCCACCAUUUGACCCCCAAUUCCUUUGUUCAUAUUUCUAUCUUCGUGCAUUUGUGCGAAGCUUUUCUGGGCAUCGAGCCCCAUUUUGAACUCUUUCGAUUCAUUUUCCGUCUUAAACCACAGCCAGAUUCCUACGUUUUAGAUGUAGUAGGGGGUGUGGGUUUAUAGCUUAGAUAGAUGAAGAAUAAGGUUUAUAUCCCUUAUAAACUUAGCAAUAAGGUAAUCGACUGGAAACCCAAAUGGUUCUAUGUAGAGAACCAGUGGGAAAGCGUACCAGCGAUUAGCCCAGGCCCUCCAAUUCAAUGGCCAGAGUGGAAUAAGAAACCAGCCGAUGAGAGUCAGAUCUCCGAGCUACUCGCACGGAUUGCCGAUCUUAGGCAAAAUAAUGUGACUGGAGAGGCUGUCAUGUUCGAUUGGAUGAAAAGAAGGAUCCAGCCGCUACAGGCCCGCGAAACAUUUGGUUUCCAGUACCAGAGAACAACCGAUUCAUCAAGGUACUCAGAGGAAGAGAUCCCGGAUGAAGAAAUAUGCAGUCGAGUGGAAUGACUGCUAAGGGAUGUAAAGAAAAUACCCAUUGUUCCUGAUCCUUUUUCUGCUGCGAAUCCUCCGAAGCAGGAGGACGUGGAGCAUUUUAAAAGUAGUCCUCCACUGCCAGGCACUUAUCAUUCUUUUUAUUUCUCCAUGCGCUCUUAUGCUGCCAACCAAGUCCCAGCGUGUUCAUAUGAAAUCUUAUAUAAACGUACUGAUUCUUAACCUUGAUUGUGCAGAUGAGGAGGCGGCUGGAGAGAGGAGUGAUAGGGAGCGCAGCCCCACUCCUAGUGUAAAUACCGAGGCCGGGCAUCCAAAGGGUGUGCGGUCUGUGGCGAGGAAGCAUAGUAGCUCUUCUCAAGCCACUCGCGACAGUCCGGCGGCUAAAAUGCCACGGACUUCAGCAUCUAGGGAUGAUGCUGUGGUGGGACAAACCGUCCCUUCCGCCACAGCACACCCGUUAAAGGGGACUGGGACUACUCAACCGGCGAGUAGUUCCAAUGUAGAUAAAGCCGGAGAUACGGGUAAGCAGGCCGUCAUCGUGAGGCCUGCCCCGAAAUUUGGCAUGAAGAUACUUGCUUUGAAAAGGGCUCCUACUGAUGCACUUUUGAAGGCAAAAGGGGAUACUGAGGAAGACUCAGCCCCCAAGUCGAUAGUGGAGAAGCCCCCGAGUACUCCGGAGAUGAGUGCUCGCGAUGCAGAAGACAUGGCAAAUGCCAUGCUUCGGGAUUCUCCGCUACCUGAUGCUGAGAAGAGCGAUGAAGGGCUCCUAGCAGGCAGUGGAAGCGACAAGCUUCCAGGAGAAGGAGGCGAGAAGCUUCCUGAAGAGGAAGACGGCGAGAAGUUGCCCGAAGAGACCCCUACAGAUUCCCAAAAUCCAAGGAAUACUAUGGGGAUGAUUGAAGCUGUACAAAAAAGGGCCAUCUCCGAGGUACGGGCGAGUACUUCCCAGGUCUCAUCUGGAAGUGUCAUGCCGCAAGAGAAACUGAAGCUUGCAUUCAAGCUGCUGGGGGAGGUAUUGGGGUAUGAGGGUAGCCAGGCCUAGGACGAUUCGGGGCUGAAUGCUCUGAGAGAGCGAGUGAAGACGCUCUCAUCCGAGAAGGCUGCCCUUCAGGAGAAGCUCAAGAAGUUCUCUAAGGCCAAGAAAGCCUGUAGAAGAUGUCAACAGCUGGCAGUGCAAAUAGUAGGCAAGCUCUGGUUCGAGAUCAGUCGGAGACCGAGUCACGUUAGGAAUCUAUCAACAAAACUAAAGCAAUUGAAAUAGAAAUGAUGAAGAUGAGGUUGAACUAGUGGAUGAACAAGAUGGUGCCGAGUUGGGCUCGUAACGGAAGCUGACAUCUGUUGUUUUGAAGAAGUUUAAGAGAGUGAGAUGGAAUUGGGAAAUUAAGGCAAAGUGCAAUUACUGAUUCGCCAAGCUUGGAGGAGAAACAAAGAGUGGAACUAAGCACCUUCAUGAUCACUUAAAGAGUUGUACACAACAGAAGAUCAAAUUGGCUGGAAACAGGCAAUUAUCACAAGCAUCUUUGAGGUUCAAUUGCACAGAUGCAGGGAAACUUAAUGUGGAGAACUACACCUUUGAUCAAGAUGUAGCAAGAAAGGGGCUUGGUGCUAUGAUGGUGCUGCAUGAAUACCCACUUUCCAUGGUUGAUCAUGCGGUUUCUGAAAUUUUGUACAAGCACUUCACUCGAUAUUCAAGAUUGCAACCAGAACACACUAAGGAAGCACAUCAUUGAUCAAUAUGAGUUGGAGAGGAAGAAGACCAUUCAGUACAUGAGUGGAAUCAAAUCUAGGGUGGCCAUCACUAGUGACAUGUGGACCUCUGACAACCAAAAGAGAGGUUACAUGGCAAUUAUAGCACAAUUUAUUGAUGAAUAUUGGACUCUUAGAAACAUCAUCAUGAUGUUAUCAUUGUUUUAGUGCAUCUACUUACAUCUAUGUGCCAAAUACUAAUAUGAUUGUAAUAUUUUCUAUUUUUUACAUGUUUAUCUAUGUUCUAAGU